CGUGCGAGUGUGCAGCGGUCCCGAGAGCUGCUGCGAGAGACCGGCGUGGCUUGGAGUGCGCGCGAAGUUAGAUACGUGGUUCGCGCGGCAGAGAGGGUACAAAGGGGCCGGGCGUGUCGUUCACAGUGGAGGAAUCGGGGGACCAUGAUGCCCCCCAUAAUCGGGGAAACGCUGCGCGUAUGGUUCCUCUCGGCGCUGGUCGUUCACGGAGCCGUUGCCGGGAAUCCGGACGCGAAGCGCCUCUACGACGAUCUACUGUCCAACUACAACAAACUCGUGCGCCCCGUGGUCAACACCUCGGACGUGCUGCGCGUCUGCAUCAAGCUUAAGCUCUCGCAGCUCAUCGAUGUGAACUUGAAGAACCAAAUCAUGACGACGAAUCUAUGGGUCGAACAGUCAUGGUACGACUACAAGCUACGAUGGGAGCCGAAGGAGUACGGUGGAGUUCACAUGUUACACGUGCCGUCCGAUCACAUAUGGCGGCCCGACAUAGUCCUCUACAACAACGCGGACGGCAACUUCGAGGUGACCUUGGCCACGAAGGCCACGAUCUACCAUCAAGGAUUGGUCGAGUGGAAGCCGCCGGCCAUAUAUAAGUCAUCCUGCGAGAUCGACGUGGAGUACUUCCCAUUCGACGAGCAGACCUGCGUCCUCAAGUUCGGUUCGUGGACCUAUGACGGCUUCAAGGUCGAUCUAAGACACAUGGACGAAAAAUCGGGGAGCAACGUGGUGGACGUGGGAGUUGACCUAUCCGAAUUCUACAUGUCGGUAGAAUGGGAUAUUUUAGAAGUGCCUGCAGUUCGGAACGAGAAGUUUUACACUUGCUGCGACGAGCCCUACUUGGACAUCACGUUCAACAUCACGAUGAGGAGGAAAACCCUCUUCUACACGGUGAACAUUAUCAUCCCCUGCAUGGGUAUAUCGUUUCUCACGGUUCUCACGUUUUACCUGCCCAGCGACAGCGGUGAAAAGGUAACGCUCUCCAUCUCGAUUCUCAUCAGUCUCCACGUGUUCUUUCUGCUAGUCGUCGAGAUCAUCCCGCCGACGUCGCUGGUUGUGCCGCUGCUUGGAAAGUACCUGAUAUUCGCCAUGAUACUCGUCUCGAUAAGUAUAUGCGUUACCGUGGUCGUCCUCAACGUUCACUUCCGUUCACCACAGACGCACAAAAUGGCACCCUGGGUGAAGAGAGUUUUCAUACACAUUCUUCCGCGACUUCUAGUCAUGAGGAGGCCUCAAUAUAAAUUCGAAACCAGCAGGUACACUUCCGGCAGAGUGCUAAUGAGGACCGUUAGAGGAAAGGAGAAGACUUGCUAUUAUCCUUACCAUCCGUCGACUCAGGAAGACAGCGAGGAACACCUCACACCCAAGAGAUUCCACAGCCGUCCUCCGUCAAAGGAAGACCUCUCGCCUUCCAGCCUUACAGACGGUGCGAGGUUUGGAGGCAGCUGCUUGAUUCAUGGGCCCCCUUUAGCACCGUUACCCUUACACACCGAGUGCGAGGAUCUCUCGGUCUCCGGGGACGCGGGCAUAGAGGAGGUCAAGAGUCCCGCGCUGCGAAGCCCACCCACCUUCUCGCACUCCCGUUGCCCGCCGGAAGUGCACAGGUCCUGCAUCUGCGUGCGCUUCAUUGCGGAACACACCAAGAUGCUCGAAGACUCGACUAAGGUAAAAGAGGAUUGGAAGUACGUGGCGAUGGUGCUGGACCGCCUGUUCCUUUGGAUCUUCACUCUGGCAGUUCUGGUGGGUACCGCGGGCAUCAUCCUGCAGGCGCCCACCCUUUACGACGACCGGGUGCCCAUCGACAAGAAGUUCAGCGAAUUCGCAACCACGACGGUGGUGAAGUGUCCGCCCCAGUAGUCCAUGCCCGAGCCCUGCACCGUAGAGAAAGACUAAGGACCAGAAGCCCGGACCUUGGUCUUAGGAGUGUCCGCAAGUUCCACCUCCUUAUCCUCAACGACGAAAUUACGGCAAAAGGGCUCCGAUUUUGCAAAGAGUGCACCGAAAGUAUAUACGGCCGGCGAUUUCAAAGACGACGCGGCGGGAUGCUAAGCUCCUCUGAAAGGGGGAACGAGAACCGGACGAGCGAAAUAGACGUCGUCUUUGGAGAGACAGUGUCGAUGGCAGGAUGAGACGAUGUGUACGUCGUUACGAAAUCCCGAAACGAGAGAAACGCCGGGGCGACGUGAUCGCUUGAACAAAUUGCACUCGGUGUCUCCCAAACGUAAGGGCGCGUACGCUCGCGCGAUAGGCGCGAGGUUCACGGGGAUCCACGUACACCUACAUAGUCUGCUCAAAUAAAUCGUAAUACGAAGCUGCCACUAUUUAAUCGGGUAACACAUCAGGCUGACGGACAUUACGGUGUAACACUGUAUAGUAUAAUUUUAUCGCCUCCGGUACCGGGACUGAACGCGACGAUCGAGCUUCCGGUCUCCGCCUGUCGUUCGUCCAAGCGCGCGCGCGCGAACGGGCGCUGUCAUUCGAACAGGAGCGAUAAAGCUCCACGCGAAUUAGGGCUAACGCGAAAUUAAUUAAUGUCACAUUUUAGUCCGCGUUCUAGAUUUGUAAUCUAGAUUUGUCAUCUAGAUUUGUGUAAUCUAGAUGUGCAAUCUAGAUUUGUAAUCUAGAACGAGACGGAGCCAGAUAUACAAAGGUAUCGCGAUGCGGUUGUAUCGCUGCAGCGUCUUGCGCGCACGUUUUACAAUGAAAAAUCGACGCCUUAUAGCGAGCAUGCAAGGGUUUUUCUUUCCGAGCGAUUUUUUGUUUUACAUUAAACGUGGUACGCGAACAAUUCCGUAGCUUGUUGCAGCGUGUGCGGUUUACCGAAGCUUGGAGCUUGCGAGCUUCCGCAUUGCAAUAAAAUGCGAAUGAGAAGCUGCAGUGCCGCCGCAAUACCAUGGCAGCAGUUUUGUACGCGAACGACGGAAGUCGCGUUUUGUGAGCGUUUUGCCCUUUGCGAGUCGGGCCCCGGGAGUCGCUCGCAUUAUGCGAAUUAAUUAGGUAAAUCAGCGCGUAGCUAGCUCGUCGUACACAGACCUUAGGGCGUAAUCUUACUCGAAGUGUAUAACCAGUUGAUAAUUUUAGAAACGUAACCGUUUAUACGAGUAUAUAAAUAAAUCUAAGAACGACGGACGAGCCGAUAGUGCGUCGGUAACGCAAAGUACCGUUUCAUUACUGUCCUAGAAAAAUAUUUCAUCGACUAAUCUUCCUUUUUGAUAAUCGUUCUAUCAACUGCUACACUUCCCAAUCUUUCUGCGAGCACUUGGUGUCUGUCACUUAGUUCCCUCGCUCUCUUUCCCUCCUCUGAUAUAAGCACCUUUAUUCGUGCGUGUGAAAUUAUUAUCGUUUUCCUCCCCCUUUGCUGUUCUCUUCGCGAGGAAGGGAACGCAUAUCUCGCACCGCCGACGCACCUCGCGUUACCUCGUCCCAACAAGAAUAUAUUGUAUUUUGUAACGAGAGGUGAAACACGUGAGAGUACGAUAAAGAAUAACCGAUAGUACGGUAAGAACAAGUAAAGCAUACGAAUUCUAAAGCUGAUAGUUGUAGGGAAUUGAACAACCAUUGACGCCGUUGUUCAAUACCGUAGUUCGUGGUCGUUGUCACUGUGAGUCGUCAUUUCCAUUCAUUUUGCCCUUGUCCGUUUCCUUUUAUAGACACAGUUAACGCGUCAUGUACGAUACUUGUCGUUGCGGUCAAACGAUUGUCUGUCGCGAAUCGCCUGUGCGGAUGACUGUUACUCGCGUAAAUCAACGUCGGAGAAUCUUGGAUCCUCGUUCUGUCUAAAUUUCUCGAUUUUCACGGGAAACUCAGAGGUGGAGCUUGUUUUUCUGUGAUCAUUCAAUUCUCGAAUUUAUAUGUAACUCACGCUACAGAAUUGACGGAAGUACUGAGCACUGUGUUUACUUACGGCGGUGCUUCUAUUCCUUUAAACUCGGGAAAACUCAAUUAAACAAUUAUUCCCUCGAAACAAACAUCCGGUUUUAUUCCAUACCGACAUUUACGUACGUGGGAAAAGCGCAGAAUUGAUUUUCUCUUUGAAGCAAGAGGAUUCAUGAUCGACUCUGCCGACAGCCUUAAGUCGACGAUCGAUACUCGCCCGAUUCUUCGACGUUUUUAGGACUCUUAGAUAUAACUAGCGAAUAAUAAUUUUCGCGCAUUCUAGACAUAAUAUUGUAGUACGUUAAACUGUAAAUAUAUAUAUAUUAUAAUUAUUGCGGGGCGAGGGGAGAAAAGAAAAAUUCCCCAUUACUACUGCCAUUAAAACGCUACGCCGAUACUUUAAGAGCGUUUUUGUGCCAUCAGUCGAAUGGCCACCGAUUAUUUUUCGUAAGAAAACAAUUUCCGGUAUACGAUCGCUUCUUCCGAUCGUCAAUCAAUCGAGGAGGUUUACGCGAAUAAUUUCUUCUCGGGACUCGAACGAGCGUUUUCUUCCCGACUGACCACGGCGAUCUAUGCCGGAUAUUGUGAUCGCUACUCGAUUGAAAAUACUCGUCCAGUGAACGCCGAAGCGUUAGACUCGUGGGAAAUAAAGAGGCGUGCAUUUAGUAUUGUAGACUCGAGGAAUUAUUCUCCUAGCGAGGGAAAGCGAAACAAAUCUACUCCGCACUAGGUCGUUAGGAAAACAACGCACACAUUUUCUAUGAUAGAGCUAUAUAUUUACUUGUUAUAAAAUGACACCGCGACUGGUAAUACUCGCGUCGACGACGAUUUUAUAGCGAAGACGGUAUUUAAAUCUUAAUUAAUGCAACGUGAGAAAGAGUUCUAAUUUCAGCUUUCGCUUCCGAUGAACUGAAAACAAUAAGGAAGCCAGUUUUAGCUAGCGCCUUGUUUUACCUUCAAGAUUUAAUUGUCAUAUUUAAUUACCACGUGUUCAUCGCGACAGAGCGAUGAUACGUCGUUUGAAAUCAAUUUGUGAUUAAACAGUAACGCUCUCUGAAUAUAACUGCAGCAGUUAAAGAUUUAAAUAAUAGUAAAAACAGUUUUAUUUUUUUUCUGUCAGAAUACGGAGCACUAAAAAUUUUGAAGAAUUUUAUGUAGGUAAAGUUUGAUUAAAUACACGGUUUGUUCAUACAUUAUAUUGCGGCGUAAGUUUUAACACUACAAGAAAAUCAUGCGGUCAUAUUUUUCAAAUAUUUGAAGAAUUGAAUACUUUUAGUAUAACAUUCUUGAUAUACUAAACGUAAAUUUAUUCAGCUCUUAACAUUUUUAAUAGUAAUUUUUCUUAGUAAUUUUCUUGAUAUACUACAUCAAGUCUCUUAUUAGAACCCAUUAAAAACCUUGAACUUUGUUAUAGAUAUUUUGAAAAACCAAUCGGCGAAGAAAUCUGAACAAAUUCAUACGCUGACAUAAUUUAUAAAAGAGUUCAAUGUUUUAGAUUCUAUGUAACUCUUCACAUUUCGGACUCUCCUAACAAUCUCCUUGAGAGAAAUAAAUAUGCUAUUGAGACAAUUUAAUAGGAUAAAGAAACAUUUAUUUUUAUACAUUAAAUUCGUAUUAGUUUUUCUAAUUUAAAGGAGACGAGAGAGAUGGGAGCCUUGACAGGGUGUUAGGUAUCUAAAUAAUUUGAUUAUAACUUUACUGCGUAAAAUAUUACCUCAGCCAGAGUUUAAACUCGGAUC